AUGGGGCAAAACAGACAACCUGAACUCUACACAGCGGCGCUUAUACCUUAUGUAGCUGCUGCGAUUGCACUAGUCUCUCGGCUGGCUUCUCGCCGUCAGACUAGGCAUGCUUUGGUGUGGGAAGAUAUUUUGGCUGUUAUUGCCUUCUCCAACGGAAGCGCCUUUACCUUCAUUAGCAUAUACAAGAUGCGAUGGGGACUAGGAAAGUCGCUUCAAGACGUGGACAUGCCAGAGGAUGAGAUUGUGUACCAUUAUUUCUUGGACCUCUGGGUAGACAUGUGGUUCUACACAUUCUCCGUUGGGCUGUCGAAGUUCGUGAUACUAGGCUUCUACUGGAGAACCUUUUCACUUUCAAUCAUUAGGCAGCCUAUUAGAAUCCUGUUCGUCUGCUCGGUAGUUUGGAUCAUCGUCAGAGUCACACUCAUCUCCAUGCAAUGUCAACCGAUUCGGAAAUUUUGGCAUAAAGACGUCCCGGGCAAAUGCCCUCUGACACCGAUGCUGUCGCUCUUUGCAGCAAGCAUACCGCACUUCAUUCUUGAAGUUGCAAUACUGCUGUGUCCACUCAUCGAGAUCUAUAGACUUCACAUCUCAGCCGCACGUAAGAUCGCCGUGGCAGCCAUGUUCGCAUCCGGGCUACUAGUCUGCGGCUCAGCACUUGGCACUAUUAUUCAUACUGUCGCGCUGGGUAGAAAGAACGAUCAGGACCUCACUUUCGAUGGCAUCGACGACCAGAUAUGGGCAGUGUGCGAUGUAAACUUGGCAUCUUUUGCAACAUCCCUCCCUCUUCUUCGCCCCAUUCUUCGCUCUUGCGGUGGCAUAUUCACCUAUCUGAGGUCGAACGACAGGUCCAGUGGCCCCAGUAAUUACGGCAAUCCAAACUCCGUCCCGACAUUUGGUAGUGCUCCUAAAAGGAGACGUAGCCAACCCUUGACAGGUACCAAUCUAGAUACCGAGUCUACGAUCGAGCUUGCUGGUGAAUUACGUGGCCACAGAGGCGAGCGCCGUGGCAGGAUAUCUGCUCUACACAAGAACGAGUGCGAACACGAGUGCGAGUAUGACCUGCACCAUGAUGCCGAAGACAAGGUUGAGACACGGGGCGGUGUACAUAUACGCAGCGAGACUAAAGUAGAUUUCAGUGGCGUUUAA